AUGGAUCUCAGGAGAGCAGGGAGCCCAGUGUACGGUCGCCAAUGGAGCCGAUCAUCUAACGGUACGGAAUCGAGGUCACCGUCGAUGUCUCCGGCUCACCGGAAACAGCAACUCGAUGGUGUUGGUGGGUUUUCCACUGUUAAUCGAACCCAGAACGUAGCCACUAAAGCGGCGGCUCAACGGCUAGCGAAGGUUAUGGCUUUACAGAACAAGGACAAUGAUGAAGACGAUGAUGAAGAUCACGGAUUCAAAUUCGCUGCUCCUUCUUCUACCAUCAACGGCAAUAGUAACUUACCGGCGGUUUCCUUCGCUCGCCGGAAUCGAUCGCAAUCACCGGCGAUUGGCAGAAACCCAACUGAGCAAGUGACUUCAGUGCGUUCUUCUUCUACUGGAAGACCAUCAACGUUUGGUAGAUCCAUAGCUCCGAAUGCGUCUCCGAUUUGGAUGCCGCCUAAGGCAACAAUGAAACCUCCACUUGAUCAUCCUCCAUUUAAGGACAGAGAUCAAAGAUAUUUUGGUGAUGAACCGUUGGUAAACUCGACAGAUAAGGGGUAUCAGCAUGAAGCUUCAGCUCUUCGUGAUGAACUGGAUAUGCUACAAGAGGAGAAUGAGAUUGUAUUGGAGAAGCUUCACCAUGCAGAAGAAAAACGCGAGGCAGCAGAAGCCAGGGCUAGAGAGCUGGAGAAACAGGUUGCUUCUCUUGGAGAAGGAGUGUCUUUGGAGGCCAAGUUGUUAAGUAGGAAGGAAGCAGCAUUGCGCCAAAGAGAGGCUGCUCUCAAGGCUGCUAAAGAGAAAAAAGAUGGGAAAAAAGAGGAAGUUGUUUCCCUCCGUUCAGAACUUCAGAUCCUGAAGGAUGAAGCUGCAACAGCUGCGGAACAGCUUCGAGAAGCAGAGUCAGAAGCAAAGGCUCUUCGUACAAUGACUCAAAGAAUGGUCUUAACACAGGACGAAAUGGAGGAAGUAGCUUUGAAGAGAUGCUGGCUUGCCCGGUAUUGGGGUUUGGCAGUGCAGCAUGGCAUUUGUGCUGAUAUAGCACCUUCCAGGCAUGAAAGCUGGUCAGCUUUGGCUCCUCUUCCUUUUGAGCUUGUCAUAUCUGCAGCACAAAAGGCCAAGGAGUUAUCUCGGGAUCAAGGUGGGAGUGAUCAGAGCAAAACUGAUAGAUUUUUAAGUGAGCUAACUGGAGAAGGAAAUAUCGAAAGUAUGCUUUCAGUGGAGAUGGGUUUGAGAGAGCUAGCGUCCUUAAAGGUUGAAGAUGCUGUUAUGCUUGCAUUUGCCCAGAAGAGAACACCGAGUUUGGUUCGGCAAGAUUCUAAAGGGCACGGAGAACUCAAAUUUGUAGAGACAUACGAACUGAAAGAAGGAGAACAAGAAGAUGUCGCCUUUAAGCAGGCGUGGCUGAUGUACUUCUGGGGUAGAGCCAAAUUGCACGGCGUAGAAGAAGACAUUGCCGAUGAACGUCUCCAGUUUUGGAUCAGCCGAAGCGGAGAAAAAUCUCUAACUUCUCACGAUGCUAUUGACGUGGAACGAGGUUUGUUAGAGCUAAGGAAACUAGGAAUAGAGCAGCAAUUGUGGGAAGCUUGUCGCAAAGAAACCGAUCAGCAUCUUCCAUCUUCUUAUCCUACUUCUACUCUCUCAAAUCACAACAACCUCGACUCUAAUUCAUAG